GUCGAGAUGGGCGGCCAGUGGUACUCUCGGCGAUCUGCGGCAGGGCCUCCGUCCGCUGGCGAGCCGCACCGCGCGUCUGAACCUCGCCGCCGGAGUUCGGUGGUGAAGAAGAUCGAGGCCUCCGAGAUCUGCGCCGCGGGGGGGCGCGUGUCCACGCUGCUGGAGCGCCUGCGCGCCCUGGAGCGGCAGAACGCCACGCUCCGGGAGGAGAUGGAGGCGGCGCUCGCCUCUGGCUGCCGGAGCCUGCGGGAGCCGCGCGAGCGGCGGCUGCGUUCCGAGCGGCGUGUGCAGCAGCUGCGGCUCGACGUGGAGGCCCGCUCGGGCGCGGUUGCGCUGCUGAGGGAGCGGCUGAGCACGGCGGACCAGCAGAAUCGCGGCCGGGCGGCCGGCCACGACGGGACCGAGCUGCGCCCGACUACGGCAGGGCGCAGCGGCGCGGGCGCAGGCUGCGGCGGCCGUGGUGGAGGCCGCCGAGGAGCUGGACACCGGGUGGCUGCAGCUGAAGUGCAGGCAGAUGCGGAUGCUCCAUGA